ACACCGUGACCUUAUCAAAUUGCUCAGGAUCUGAACCUGGGACUGAUUAGUUCUUCCCUUCUGUGCAAGCUUUGUUGAGAAUCUCGUGAUUUUAGUCUUAUCUUCUCUGACUGUUGCAAAAUAAACGUUAAAGCUUUGACCUUUCACCAAUUGGGUCUCCGAAACUGGUUUGUAAGUCCCCUCCUUGUUUAUCCCCGGUUUAGAUUCUGCUUCGGCUAGUCGCUUUUCAAUGAACACCCCAUUUUCUCAUUGAUUCUUAUCAAGACUCUGGUCACUGUCUUAUGAUCUUAUCAUAUUUUCUCUGAUUUUAGUUUCUGUUGUUGUAAUUCAUACUACCCUGGUAUUCUUCUAGAUGCACUUGGGUUUUAUCUGAAAACCCGUUUGAUUUCUUGUUGUGAUAAGUUUAAAACCGAUUUUGUCUUUUAUAUUGGUCGUGUUAUAUGCUUUUAAUGGCUGCUUGUUGUUACUUUGUGCAAUUCACUUUGCUCGAGUUGUUGUUGGAAUCUGAGUUAUGUUUUGAUAAUAAUUUCAGUACUGUUUAUGGAUUUUUCGUUUUUAUAGGGGUUACGGAAAUUCAUUUAUGUGUGCACUGUGUGAUUUAUUGCAGGAGGGAAUUUUGAUCCUUGUCUUCAAGUUCUUGAGGUAAAACAUGACAGGAGAUUUUGUUGGUUUGUAUGAGAAUAAAGUGAGGUCUGGUAGUGCAGAUCUGGCAGCUGCUAUAGUGCCUUUGUUGAAGCUGCUAUGCAUAACAGUUAUAGGAUUAUUUCUUGCAAACCCUAGAAUGCAAUUCAUCCCCAAAGCUACUUUCAAACUCCUUAGUAAACUUGUGUUUGCUCUCUUCUUGCCAUGCCUUAUGUUCACUGAGCUGGGUGAAAGCAUUACUCUCAAAAACUUUGUAGACUGGUGGUUCAUCCCUGUUAAUGUGCUGGUGAGUACAGCUCUUGGUUGCUUACUGGGGUUCAUAGUGGUGAUCAUAUGUCGCCCACCUCCACAGUUAACCAGAUUUACUAUUAUAAUGACGGGAUUUGGUAACACUGGAAAUCUCCCCCUUGCUGUAGUUGGAUCUGUUUGCCAUACUAAAGAUAAUCCAUUUGGGCACAAUUGCAACUCAAGAGGGGUGGCUUAUGUCUCUUUUUCUCAUUGGGUUGCAGUUAUCCUUUUUUACACCCUUGUUUAUCACAUGAUGGAGCCUCCUAUGGAGUAUUAUGAGAUUGUUGAGGAAGGGGCUGAAAUCGAGCAGCAUCGGACACUUAAUGAUAUCAGUAGACCACUCCUUGUAGAAGCUGAGUGGCCUGGCAUUGAGGAUAAAGAGACUGAACAUUCUAAGACACCCUUUAUUGCCAGGGUUUUUAAGAGCAUCUCAGGUAUUUCCUCAUCCACUAUUCCUGACCUUGAAAUCACAGCAGAAAGCAGUGGGAAUAGUCCAAGGUCCAUUAGGUGUUUGGCUGAACCUAGAGUUGUCAGGAGGAUAAGAAUUGUUGCUGAACAAACUCCGAUUCAGCACAUACUUCAACCCCCAACAAUUGCCUCACUGUUAGCUAUCAUCAUUGGCACAGUGCCUCAGCUGAAAGCUUUGUUCUUUGGAUAUGAUGCUCCAUUAUCUUUCAUUACAGACAGUUUAGAGAUUUUAGGUGGGGCAAUGGUACCUUCUGUGAUGCUUAUAUUAGGAGGUAUGCUUGCUGAAGGACCCAAUGAGUCUAAACUUGGACUUAGAACUAUAAUUGGUGUAACUGUGGCAAGGCUCCUGGUGCUUCCUCUACUGGGAAUUGGGAUUGUGGCAUUGUCGGAUUCAGUAUAAUGGACCACGCUUGAAUAAGAUAAAUUACUUUAUUCAAGAGCUUGGCGUUGCUCCUUCUAUUCAAAGAACUUGAAUGCUGAGAAAUCCACAAACUUGAUCUGAGCCUAGGGGCUUAGCCCAC